AUGGACCUGCCGCUGCCUGGCCCAAUGCAGGGCGUCUUUGACGUGCCACCGAUGCCGAUGCCACAUUCGAUACAGCCUUCCCCGGUGUCCCGACACCGACAGGUCAGCUCUGCACCACAGACAGCGACCCUGACUCCCUCUGCGCCAUGUAUGUCGACUUCCCAGCUGCUGGACCCUGCGGCGUUAACCGGUGCUCUGAACGACGAGAGCUGGGCGAGGAUGCAUCGGCCCCAGCAGAGGCAGCUCCAUACGCUUGGCAGAAGCGAGGACGCAUUGCAGCGCGUGGACACCAUCCCCAACGAAGUGGGGCAGUUUGACUUCGCCGGGGUGGGUGAGUCGAAGUCGAUGUGGACUACUUCGCUGUCUCAGAACGUCCCUGUGCCUCGGUUCGGGCAGCUUCUGCAGACGGAUUGUUGA